AUGACCCAAAGUUCGCUCUCCAGACAUUCGCUCCACGUUGGGGAGGUUUUCACCCUAGCACUUGGCUUCGGUAUUAGUACUCUGGCGGUCUGUGCACGCAUAUACACGAAGAUGCGCCUCACGAAAACAAUGAUGAAGGAAGACUAUUUUUCCCUUCUUGCCUGGCUAUUCUUCUUGGCCUAUAUUGCGCUCGCAGUUGUUAUUGGCAAGAGCGAUGGAUCGAUUGAGCAUAUCGCCUACCUCUCGUCCAUCGAGUCAGCUAUCUACUGUCCAAUCAUGGUCGCGGUCAAGAUCUCUAUCCUCCUGCAGUACAUCACUCUAUUCGUGGCACACCGGGGUACCAAUUUCCAUUACUUUGUGCAAGGUCUUAUCUGGACCAACAUACUCUACUAUACUAUCAUUACCUUGCUUUACCUCUUCGAAUGUACCCCUCGGCAAAAGUUGUGGGAUCCCACCACCCCUGGGCAUUGUUUCGGUAGAGAUCAACUCGGAGUUGCCUCUGGUAUCAUCAACGUUAUCUCGGACUUCUCGAUAUUAAUCUUACCACUUCCAAUAAUCUGGCGCCUUCAAAUCUCCUGGUACAAGAAGUCCCGUGUCAUUGCAGUUUUCGGUUUUGGGCUGUUCGCUUGUUUUGCAAGCGUCUUGCGCCUUGUGUACAGUUCUGAGCUAAUUCAUGUCCCCUCCAUAAAUCCUGCUUAUCAAUUAGAUGUCGACAGGAUUGGGCUUUGGGCUUUUGCAGAGAUAGCAAUCGGCAUCAUAGUAGGCUGCCUGCCAGUCCUGCCCAGACUCUUCAAGCAUCUCGUCUUUAAGGAAGCCGGCUCAUCAUCGAGAUUCAAGAUCCUUUCCACCAGCAGCCGAACAUCUUGGCGCAGACUAUUCCGCAAGUCCACUACACCGGAGCUGACCAGCAAAGAUUCUUCAUACUUCAACCGAAAGUCUCUCCGCAGCAAGGAAAGCUCGAGGUCUACCGGAGCUCCAUAUAUUGAAACGCCAAUUCUCACACGCAAUUCCUUUCAACUUUCGGAGAAUAAUCUUCCGAGAAUACCCUCGCCGGUCUUUGAUAAAGAAUAUUCAGCGGCGGCGCUACGGAUUGCUACCUUUGGUCCAGGGGGAAAAGGGUAUGUGGAAAAUGGUAGAAUUAUCGACGUAGAAAGCGGAAUCCGGGCAGGAUGGAACUGA